CCUAUCCAAACCUAGUUUUGCCCGUAUAUCGGUUCAACGGUCCAACCCUAGUUUUGACCCUACAUAUAUAUAUAUAAUGAUGGGACUGCCCCCCAAAGACACUCUCCCACCUCACUCAAUCCGCCGCCGCCGCUGGCUGGUCUGCGUAUUCCAAUGGCGAGAGAUGUUGCAGGUGAGUUUGAAAUACUCACAUGGACGCUCAACAACCUCACACAGGCCUUGGCCUCUCUCCUCGUGGUGCUGCUGCUGUUGGGGCUGCAGCACCACGAGGAUUGUGGGAUUUACUAGUGCGAGGAGGGCGGAGGAGUACCUUACCCCGGUGUUUUGCCAUCUGGGUGUAGGGAACCAGGACGGACUUCCGGCUGGUCCUCACAGCCAACCAGAGGCUAAAAGAAGAGUUUGAGAAGUUCCUGGAGGAGCAAGAGAACGUGAGGAGAGCCCCUAGAAAGAACCAGCAACUGAGGAGGUGGAAACUGAUCCCCGUAAAAGGGUAGUCAAGGAGAGGGUAACCUCUUUUGACGAAAAAGCGGAAAAAUUGCAGCCCAUGGUCAAGCCAUCGCCGCCGAUCAUCUCCAAUAUUAAUCUUCUGCAGACGUACGCCUCCAUCACUGUGAGACCAUCUCCAGCUACGGAUCUUCGUCGCCAAAGAUAUCGAUUUAUCACUCCAGGAUUUAAUCGACACCCUCGCCAAUCGCCAACGACCUGCGGACAGACGACCUCGCCCAGCCAACACUGUCAUCUCUGGUUCCUGUGUUCAAUCUCAGGCCAGCCCUGAUUUUAUUUGUUUCUUUGUGUAAAUCAACUUCAAUUUUCCAAUUAAUUUUAGUUUGUUUAAUGCUUGCGACAUAAUGCGUAAUCUACAGGCAAUAUUUUCUUGUAACAAGAAAAAAAAUUAUGUGCAAACAAAUUACUCCUAAUUUGAUUUUUGGCUAGAUUAAAUCAAUUUGUGAUGAUAAUAAGUUGUUCCUCCUGUUGUUAUGAUGAACUCUUAUAUAAUUAGGACUUCCAUAAGAUGCCCAUUUUCUUAAAGUAUUUUUUUCAUAAAAAGGACUUUGCUAUUUUUCCAAAAAACAAUUCUUGAAGCCAUAAGGGCUUAACCCCAGUGGUUUGGUUUUAACUCAUUAUUUGAAAUUAUAGCCUAAGAAAAUCAAAUAUUUGGUAUAAAUUGUUGAAUGAUAGAUUUUGCUACCUCUCCUCUGAUGCCGAAUUGAACAGAGGGUUUGAAGCUUUCGAAAACGAAAUUAAUUGUACGAUUCCAAUAAAAAUGAAAUCUAUUGUGGGGAACAUAAACAUAUUGUGAAAUUGUGAUAAACAUAUUGUAAACUGACCAAACAAAAUCAAUUUGUUUAUAAUAAGUUUAUUGUUAAAUUGUGUGAACUUAUAUUUUAAAAAAAAUAAGACAAUGAUCGUAAGUCUAAGACACACUUAUGAUUAAAUUGAAUCCUAUUGUUUCUCAUUUCGGGGCAAGAAGAUAAGUAGACACAAAAAAUACCAAACUCAGUAGAAAUGCCAGUCUAAAGCCUCAUCAACUGUUUACCAAUUCUUCAAAACUUAGAAUAGAAAAAACUGAUAAAGAAAGUGUAAAGUUCAAAAUAACAAUAAGGACGGGGGUACAUGACAAGGAAUUUCAUGUAUUAUGCAGCAAUGGAGGGCUUAGAAGUAGCAGUGGAGAGUCUGGACCUCUUCUUGGCUAAACUCUUAGAGCGCUUCUCCCUUAACUCCUUCAACCUGCUAGCGAGCAGCUUCUGGUAGUCCUAAUUUUCUUCAAAUGCUCAAGAUCAUCCCUUAGUUUUAUGUCCAAUGCAUUGGACACAACCUGUGAAUAGCUCACAUCCUUGUGUUGGAAUCAGUCGGGGAUCUUGAACUAUCGAUGGUGAUUUAAGGUCAUGUUUCUUUCAAGGCUUAGCGAUUGAUAAUACUCCGUAGUUCAGAUGUCUUCAUAGUCUCUGGUGUUUCUUCACUGAGAAUGGGAGAUUUAUGGUAAUGAGGUAUCACCUUUUCAAAUGAAAGACAUCAAUGAGAUGAAGUCAUUGUUUUGUGCUCACUUUAAUUCAGAAUAUGAUGAGCUAAUUGGUUACAGUGAAGAACACUGGCUGUCCAUCCAGUGCUUAUUUCCUCAAACAAAGCAGCACAGUAUGUUUGUAUUGCAAGAUGGAGCUUAUUUUGAAUGUCAAAGAGGGAAAAAUGAGGAUUUGGAGCUCUUAUUAUCAAGUUUGAUGACAUGUGCAAGAGCUAACUCUUUGUUUGGAAUGUAAUACUCUUUAUGGAUAUUACAUUUUUUUUUGUAGCACUCAAUAGAACCUAACAUGCACUUUGUCAUGGAUGCUUUUUAGUUGGCAAGUUUUAGUUCUAUUUAAAUAGAGAAUGAAACUUUUUGUGGGUA